AUGAACCGGAUCACCGCCGCCAAGGAGCUGCUCCGCGGGGCCGAGGAGCCCCUGUUCUGGGUCGGCGCAUUCACCGUGGCCUCCCUGGCUCUGUGGCUGCUCUACAGGCUGCUCUCAGGAUUCAGGAUCUGGGUCCUGGGGAACGGGACGCUGCUGUCCCCGAAGCUGGGCAAGUGGGCAGUUGUGACGGGGGCCACUGACGGAAUAGGAAAAUCGUACGCAGAGGAGCUGGCUCGUCGAGGGUUCGCCAUGAUGCUGAUCAGUCGCUCUCAGGACAAACUGGACGACGUGGCCAAGACCAUUGAGGAGCAGUACAAGGUGGAGACCAGGACCAUCGCUGUGGACUUUGGGAAAACCGACAUCUACCCCAAGAUCGAGGCGGGACUGUCUGGUCUGGAGAUCGGAGUUCUGGUGAAUAACGUGGGAGUGUCUUAUCCGUAUCCGGAAUAUUACCUCCACAUUCCUGACCUGGACAAUUUCAUCACCAACAUGAUCAACGUCAACAUGACCUCAGUGUGUCAGAUGACCCGUCUGGUUCUGCCCAGAAUGGCUCAGAGGUCCAAAGGUGUGAUCCUGAACAUCUCGUCGGCCAGUGGGAUGUACCCGGUCCCUCUGCUCACCGUCUACUCCGCCACCAAGGCCUUCGUGGACUUCUUCUCUCGUGGUCUUCAGGAGGAGUACCGGCGUCAGGGCAUCAUCAUCCAGAGUGUGCUGCCGUUCUUCGUGGCCACUAAGAUGACUCGCAUCAGGAAGCCGACGCUGGACAAACCCACUCCUGAACGCUAUGUGGCGGCCGAGCUGACCACGGUGGGUCUGCAGAGUCAGACCAACGGGUACUUCCCUCACGCUGUCAUGGGCUGGGUGACGACCAAACUGGUACCGAGCAGCAUCGUCAUCUUCCUGGGAGCCCGGAUGAACCGUCUGCAGAGGACCGGCUACCUGCAGAGGAGGAAGCUCCGCGAGCAGAAGAACGGAGCCAGUCUGAAAUGUGAAUGAGGUCUGGGACCGGACCGGACGGGUUUGAUCCUCGGGGGCUGCCGUAGAUUCAGCUGAGCGUCUGAAUCCGAAGCAGCAUCACAGACACUGCUGGUGUUUGUUCUUCUUCUGUGUGGUUUGUUAACCUGCUGUUAUAAGCAGUGGAACAGGUGGUGGGUGUGUUUUAUACAUGAACAUGACAUUAUUUAUAUUUAUAUAUUUGGACACGUGGGCUUCCGUCCAGGGCCUGUAGAGCUCAGUCUGACGUAGAUGAAGCUCCAGCCUGGACUCGGCUCAUGUUAUGUAUUUCAAGGUGCAGGUGGUUUGUGGUGGGAUGUCUUUGCACCGACAGAUCACAUGUGUAAACCAAAGUUUGAACGGCCUUAAACCGGCUCAGAUCCGAUGAGCCGGUACCAAAACCAACCCCAUGUAUUUGAGGUUUACAGCGCUGCGCCUCAUAGCCUGUAUGUCCUCAUGUGUGUUCUCAUGUAGUUUAAUAAUAAUAAUAUGAUAAUGAUGAAGAAUGACGUCUUUGAUCUGUGUCUCAUCGAAGUGGCCUUUUGUGCAGUUCUUUUUAAAUCUGCUUGGAUGUUAAGUUUUCUGUAUAAUAUGCACUGUUUACAUUCAUGCUGCCGAUGGACACGUAUUUUCUACUGUUUGUUAAUAAAACUUGGGCAUAAAACUCUG